UGCCUAGAAGGCACCAGGGUCGAUCUCACGGAGCGUAUUAUGAACUGGUGUCGUAACACCGGGGAUAACGAGAACCGGCUGAUGCUACUGACCUCCGUCGCUGGCGCUGGAAAGACUUCGAUUGUGCACACGAUUGCAGAUAGAUGUAACAGGGAGGCUGUCCUAUUGCUAUGUUUUUGCUUCAGAGCAGGCGAACAGCCACGGCCGGAUUGUUUAUUCAGCGGCAUUGCACGAGCUCUAGCAAGCCGUGACACAGAUUACCGUACCUUCAUUAUCUCUGCCCUUCGAAAAGACCCCACCCUCUCAACAGCUCCAUUCACGAUGCAGUUCCAGGAAUUGGUGGCUUCACCUCUCCUUCAUAUGCGUUGGCGUCCAAGCCGUCCUAUGGUGGUCAUUAUCGAUGCUUUAGACGAAUGUGAUGAAGAAGCGUAUCAACCCCUUGCUAAGAUUCUUUGCGAGGAAGUACCCAAGUUACCGUCUUCCAUAAAGUUUUUCGUUACUUCAAGACAUGUUGAUCUUGUUAAUCGGUCCCUCUCACGCCAUUUUCCUAUCGAUCACCUCACCAUUGAUCUCCUGGAUGACACAAAUAUGCAUGAUUGUGCUGCAUACAUCGAAUUCCAGCUACAAGAGCUUAAGAAAUGGCAUCCCGACUUAUCGCAUAAACUCCAAGACGAAGAUAGUGCGGUGCAAGAGAUCCGGGAACGAGCAGGUGGUUUGUUCAUUUGGAUCAGCACCAUCUUUCGCUAUAUGAAGAAGCCUAGGAAGAAUCCUAUGAGAACACUGGAGAGCCUGCUCGACACCGGGACCAAACGGUCAAAGGUGUCCACUGAGAAGAUGAUGGACGACCUAUAUACGAGGAUUUUGAAGAAGUUUGAUUGGGAGGAUGAAGAUUUUGCGCACGACUACCCGAUUGUGAUGGGAGCGAUCUUCGUUGCUCAGCAGCCUCUGUCCAUCACAGCCUGGGAUGCAAUUCUAUCACCUUUCCUCAAUUCUUCUGUUGAAUAUGCUUUGGCCGAACUUGCACCUCUGCUCUCAGGAGUUGAGGAUUCCCACAUUCCGGUUCGCAUCUUACACCAAUUUUUCCGCGAUUUUAUUGUCGAUCGGAUCAAUCCCCAAACGAUCAGCUCUCAUUUUACUCCGAUAACGGUGGGGGUGGAGAAUGCCAGGGUCGCCCUGAGAUGUACCGAGAUUUUAAACAAGGAUCUCUGCUCUGUGAAUGGCUUAGGACUGAUUGAAAACUUGUCCGAAAAAGAUGAAAUGCUGCGCAUUCCUCCAAAGGAAUUAUCUGAGCAUUUUCGUUAUGCAUGUCACCACAUCGUCCAUCACCUCAGUGGAGUCCAAGAACAGCCUGAAGAGCUUGCUGGACCAGUUAGUGUGUUUCUGAGUCAGGAAGCAACUCGGUGGGUGGAAAUCUGUGUGCGAAUGGAAAACUACAUCAGUAUCUCGUUACUCCCUGAGUGGGCUAAGUUGGCUGUUGACCAUAGGGCUGUUAGCACACUGGCUGAAGUGCUUACCCAGCUUCCAUGGAACCUGGGAUUUUUUUCAAGAUUCCAGGAGGCAUAUGAGGCAGCAAACGAUUCUGUUGUACUCUGCCGUUACCUUUUUUCUGUGGACUCAAGUUCCUACACCCCUCCUUUGGCUGAGUCACUCAACAGUCUGUAUGUUGCUCUUUCUGGACUCGGACGGCACUCGGAGGCACUCCCAUCCAUUGAAGAAAGUGUCAAACUCUAUCGCCAGCUAGUUGCCAUUAACCCAGGGUCAUACACCCCGGAUUUGGCCAUGUCACUCAACAAUCUACACAAUGCUCUUUCCAAUCUCGGACAGCACUCGGAGGCACUCCCAUUCAUUGAAGAAAGUGUCAAACUCUAUUGCCAGCUAGUUGCUGUUAACCCAGGAUCAUACACCCCGGAUUUGGCCAUGUCACUCAACAAUCUACAUAAUGCUCUUUCCUAUCUCGGAUGGCACUCAGAGGCACUACCAUUCAUCGAAGAAUGUGUCAAAAUCCGGUGCCAGCUAGUUGUUGUUAACCCAGGAGCAUACACCCCCAAAUUGGCCAACUCACUCAGCAAUCUACAUCAUACUCUUACCAAUCUUGGACAUCAUUCCGAGGCACAAAUGGUCCACAUUUAAGGAUGUUCUCCUCAUCAUUAUAUUCUCCACAUUGGUGCUUGCACAUGAUGGGCAAGUGUCAAAAAUCCCAAAUGAAGGGGAAAGUGUGUGAGUCCGAAUGCAGGCAGGCUCAACUAGAGGGGAUCUGAGAGCUUUGGUAGUGGACUGGAGCUUCUCCAGGAAGCCCGGGUCUGCUGGGUGGUAUUAGAACACCAACUUUGUUUACAUCAGGAAGUUGUGUGGUGGUUAUUCGUAGCGGUUAUUCUGGGGUGCUAUGAGGUGUUGGGGGCAUUUUGCCCUUUCUUAUUCAACUUAAAACUCCCUUUGUACGAUGACGUUGCCACUCAGGAAUGUCGUGUAUAUAAGGGAGGAAUUUCUUAGACUUUCUCCCUCAGAACUCUUAUUCGAGUCUGAGGUGAGAACUAUUUCUCAGUAUUUUAUCUUAUGACUCAUGUAUAAUCCUUGUCGCAGUCUAACGCGACAUAGGUAUUUACAAUAUAGAACUCUUAUUCGAG